AUGGCCACGCGGCCCCCGCCGGGCCGCCUCCGCCCCACCCUGAGCCCCUGGGGCCGCCUAGCUCGGCCAGGCGGAGGGGACCUGGGCCCGGGCGCGCUGACCGCUCUCUCCUCUCUCCUCGCAGUGUUCAGCGAGGACCUGCACUCCAGCCUCUACUUUGUCAAUGCAUCUCUGCAAGAGGUAGUGUUCGCCAGCACCACGGGGACCCUGGUGCCCUGCCCCGCGGCGGGCAUCCCUCCUGUGUCUCUCAGAUGGUACCUGGCCACGGGCGAGGAGAUCUACGAUGUCCCCGGGAUCCGCCACGCCCACCUCAACGGCACUCUCCAGAUCUUCCCCUUUCCCCCUUCGAGCUUUAGCACCUUAAUCCACGAUAACACUUACUAUUGCACAGCUGAAAAUCCUUCAGGGAAAAUUAGAAGUCAGGAUGUCCACAUCAAGGCUGUUUUGCGGGAGCCCUACACAGUCCGUGUGGAGGACCAGAAAACCAUGAGAGGCCAUGUCGCGGUCUUCAAGUGCAUUAUCCCCGCCUCGGUGGAGGCCUACAUCGCCGUGGUCUCGUGGGAGAAAGACACUGUCUCACUCAUCUCAGGAUCUAGAUUCGUCAUCACGUCCACGGGAGCCUUGUACAUUAAAGAUGUCCAGAACGAGGACGGACUGUAUAACUACCGCUGCAUCACGCGGCACAGGUACACCGGGGAGACCAGGCAGAGUAACAGCGCUAGACUUUUUGUAUCAGACCCAGCGAACUCGGCUCCAUCCAUCCUGGAUGGUUUUGACCACCGCAAAGCCAUGGCCGGGCAGCGUGUGGAGCUGCCCUGCAAAGCGCUGGGGCACCCAGAGCCAGACUAUCGCUGGCUGAAGGACAACAUGCCCCUGGAACUUUCUGGAAGGUUCCAGAAGACUGUGACGGGGCUGCUCAUUGAGAACACGCGUCCCUCAGAUUCGGGUGGCUAUGUGUGUGAAGUGUCCAACAGAUACGGAACGGCUAAGGCCAUAGGCCGCCUGGACGUGAAACAGCCACUGAAAGCCACCAUCAGCCCCAGGAAAGUGAAGAGCAGCGUGGGCAGCCAGGUGGCCCUGUCCUGCAGCGUGACUGGCAGCGAGGACCAGAAGCUCUCCUGGUACCGGAACGGCGAGAUCCUCAAGCCUGGCAAAAACGUGAGGAUCACAGGCGCCAACCACGAAAACCUGGUCAUGGACCACAUGGCCAAGAGCGAUGGCGGCGCCUACCAGUGCUUCGUGCGCAAGGACAAGCUGUCGGCCCAAGACUAUGUGCAGGUGAUCCUGGAAGACGGAACGCCCAAGAUCGUCUCUGCCUUCAGCGAGAAGGUGGUGAGUCCCGCGGAGCCCGUUUCCCUCAUGUGCAACGUGAAGGGCACCCCGCUGCCCACCAUCACGUGGACCCUGGACGACGACCCCAUCCUCAAGGGCGCCGGCCACCGCAUCAGCCAGAUGAUCACGUCGGAGGGCAACGUGGUCAGCUACCUGAACAUCUCCAGCUCCCAGGUGCGCGACGGAGGCGUCUACCGCUGCUCGGCCAACAACUCGGCGGGAGUCGUCCUGUACCAGGCUCGAAUAAACGUAAGAGGGCCUGCAAGCAUUCGACCCAUGAAAAAUAUCACAGCAAUAGCAGGACGGGACACGUACAUCCACUGCCGGGUGAUCGGCUACCCCUACUACUCCAUCAAGUGGUACAAGAACUCCAACCUGCUGCCCUUUAACCACCGCCAAGUGGCAUUUGAGAACAACGGGACUCUCAAGCUCUCGGAUGUGCAAAAGGAAGUCGACGAGGGAGAGUACACGUGCAACGUGCUGGUUCAGCCUCAGCUGUCCACCAGCCAGAGUGUCCACGUGACCGUCAAAGUUCCGCCUUUUAUCCAGCCUUUUGAGUUCCCGAGAUUCUCCAUCGGGCAGCGCGUCUUCAUCCCCUGCGUCGUGGUCUCGGGGGACUUGCCCAUCACAAUCACCUGGCAGAAGGACAGCCGGCCGAUCCCGGCGAGCCUCGGGGUGACCAUCGACAACAUCGACUUCACGAGCUCCUUAAGGAUCUCCAACCUGUCCCUGAUGCACAACGGAAACUACACCUGCAUAGCCCGGAACGAGGCUGCGGCCGUGGAGCACCAGAGCCAGCUCAUCGUGAGAGUUCCCCCCAAGUUUGUGGUUCAGCCCCGAGACCAGGACGGGAUCUACGGCAAAGCUGUCACCCUCAACUGCUCCGCGGAGGGCUACCCCGUGCCCACGAUCGUGUGGAAGUUCUCCAAAGGUGCUGGGGUCCCUCAGUUCCAACCAAUUGCCCUGAACGGCCGAAUUCAGGUCCUCGGCAACGGGUCUCUCUUGAUCAAGCAUGUUGUGGAGGAAGAUAGCGGUUACUACCUGUGCAAGGUCAGCAACGAUGUGGGCGCAGACGUCAGCAAGUCCAUGUACCUCACGGUUAAAAUCCCUGCGAUGAUAACGUCUUACCCGAACACCACCCUGGCCACUCAGGGCCAGAAGAAGGAAAUGAGCUGUGCGGCCCACGGUGAGAAGCCCAUCAUCGUCCGCUGGGAGAAGGAAGACCGGAUCAUCAACCCCGAGAUGGCCCGUUACCUCGUGUCCACCAAGGAGGUGGGGGAGGAGGUGGUUUCUACCCUGCAGAUUUUGCCGACUGUACGGGAAGACUCUGGCUUCUUCUCCUGCCACGCUAUCAAUUCUUAUGGGGAGGACCGUGGGAUAAUUCAGCUCACGGUGCAAGAACCCCCGGACCCGCCCGAAAUCGAGAUCAAAGAUGUAAAAGCUCGAACAAUCACCCUCAGGUGGACGAUGGGCUUUGAUGGGAACAGCCCCAUCACGGGCUACGAUAUCGAGUGCAAAAAUAAAUCAGACUCCUGGGAUUCUGCUCAGAGAACCAAAGAUGUUUCCCCUCAGCUGAACUCGGCCACCAUCAUUGACAUCCACCCUUCCUCCGCCUACAGCAUCCGCAUGUACGCCAGGAACCGCAUCGGCAGGAGCGGGCCCAGCAACGAGCUCUCCAUCACCGCGGACGAGGCAGGCUGCGUGAUGAAAUCGGAAGGUCCUUUCCCAGGGGUGGGACGCGCCCCGAGCGGACAGCGACCGACCCGACCAGACACCGUAGUUGGGACUGUCUGCAGCACGUUGCUGCGGCCAUGUCCAGCAGGGACACCCGAAAGCGUGCCCAGCUACCCCCCUGAAAAUGUCCAAGCCAUAGCGACAUCGCCAGAAAGCAUCUCAAUAUCCUGGUCCGCGCUCUCCAAGGAGGCCUUGAACGGGGUUCUGCAGGGCUUCCGGGUCAUCUACUGGGCGAACCUCAUGGACGGAGAGCUGGGCGAGAUCAAAAACGUCACCACCACGCAGCCUUCUCUGGAGCUGGACGGGCUGGAGAAAUACACCAACUACAGCAUCCAGGUGCUGGCCUUCACCCGAGCUGGGGACGGCGUCCGCAGCGAGCAGAUCUUCACCAGGACCAAAGAGGACGUCCCAGGUCCUCCAGCGGGCGUGAAGGCGGCGGCGGCCUCGGCCUCCAUGGUCUUCGUGUCCUGGCUUCCCCCGCUCAAGCUGAACGGCAUCAUCCGAAAGUACACGGUCUUCUGCGCCCACCCCUACCCCACAGUGAUCAGCGAGUUUGAAGCCUCUCCUGACUCAUUUUCCUACAGAAUUCCUAACCUGAGUCGGAAUCGCCAGUACAGCGUCUGGGUGGUGGCCGUGACCUCGGCAGGGAGCGGCAACAGCAGCGAAAUCAUCACGGUGGAGCCGCUGGCGAAAGCCCCCGCCCGCAUCCUGACCUUCAGCGGCACGGUGACCACCCCGUGGAUGAAGGACAUCGCCCUGCCCUGCAAGGCCGUCGGGGACCCAUCUCCUGCGGUCAAGUGGAUGAAAGACAGUAACGGGACGCCCAGCCUCGUGACGAUUGACGGGCGGAGGGGCGUCUUCAGCAACGGCAGCUUCAUCAUCCGCACGGUGAAGGCGGAAGACUCCGGCUACUACAGCUGCGUGGCCAACAACAACUGGGGCUCGGACGAGAUCAUCCUGAACCUGCAAGUCCAAGUCCCGCCUGAUCAGCCUCGGCUCACCGUGUCCAAAACCACGUCUUCCUCCAUCACCCUCUCGUGGCUGCCUGGGGACAACGGAGGCAGCUCCAUCAGAGGGUACAUCCUGCAGUACUCGGAGGACAACAGCGAGCAGUGGGGCAGCUUCCCCAUCAGCCCCGGCGAGCGCUCCUACCGCCUGGAGAGCCUCAAGUGCGGCACCUGGUACAAGUUCACGCUCACGGCCCAGAACGGGGUGGGCCCCGGGCGCAUCAGCGAGAUCAUCGAGGCCAAGACGUCGGGCAAAGAGCCCCAGUUCUCCAAGGAGCAGGAGCUCUUCGCCAGCAUCAACACCACGCGCGUGCGGCUCAGCCUCACCGGCUGGAUGGACGGCGGCUGCCCCAUCGCCUCCUUCACGCUCGAGUACCGGCCCUUCGGGGCCGCGGUCUGGACCACGGCGCAGCGCACCUCGCUCUCCAAGUCCUACAUCCUGUACGACCUGCAGGAGGCCACCUGGUACGAGCUGCACAUGCGGGCGUGCAACAGCGCGGGCUGCGCCGAGAAGCAGGCCAGCUUCGCCACGCUCAACUCCGACGGCAGUACAAUCCCCCCGCUCAUUAAGUCAGUCGUCCAAAGCGAAGAAGGGCUGACGACCAACGAGGGGCUCAAGAUGCUGGUGACCAUCGCCUGCAUCCUGGUGGGGGUGCUGCUGCUCUUCGUGCUGCUGCUGGUGGUGAGGCGGAGGCGGCGCGAGCAGAGGCUGAAGAGGCUGAGAGAUGCGAAGAGCCUCGCUGAAAUGCUGAUGAGUAAGAAUACCCGGACCUCAGACACCCUGAGCAAGCAGCAGCAGACCUUGAGGAUGCACAUCGACAUACCCAGGGCUCAGCUGUUGAUUGAAGAGAGAGACACGAUGGAGACCAUCGACGACCGCUCCACCGUCCUGUUGACAGACGCCGACUUUGGAGAGGCAGCCAAGCAGAAGUCUCUGACGGUGACCCACACGGUCCACUACCAGUCGGUGUCGCAGGCCACGGGGCCCCUGGUGGAUGUUUCGGACGCCCGGCCAGGAACAAAUCCCACCACCCGGAGGAACGCGAAGGCAGGGCCCACCGCGAGGAGCCGGUACGCCAGCCAGUGGACCCUCAACCGACCCCACCCCACCAUCUCAGCACACACCCUCACCACAGACUGGCGGCUGCCGACGCCCAGGGCUGCCGGCUCCGUGGACAAGGAGAGCGACAGCUACAGCGUCAGCCCCUCGCAGGACACCGAUCGAGCGCGCAGCAGUAUGGUCUCCACAGAAAGUGCCUCCUCCACCUAUGAAGAGCUGGCCAGGGCCUACGAGCACGCCAAGAUGGAGGAACAGCUGCGGCACGCCAAGUUCACCAUCACCGAGUGCUUCAUAUCGGACACGUCGUCCGAGCAGUUGACGGCAGGGACAAACGAGUACACGGACAGCCUGACCUCCAGCACCCCUUCAGAGUCGGGGAUCUGCAGGUUCACUGCGUCCCCCCCCAAACCUCAGGAUGGAGGGCGAGUGAUGAACAUGGCGGUGCCCAAGGCGCAUCGUCCAGGCGACCUCAUCCAUCUGCCUCCGUACCUCCGCAUGGACUUCUUGUUGAACAGAAGCGGCCCAGGCCCCAGCAGGGACCUGAGUUUAGGACAGGCGUGCUUGGAACCCCAGAAAAGCCGGACCCUGAAGCGCCCCACCGUCCUGGAGCCCAUCCCCAUGGAGGCCGCCCCCGCCGCCCCGGCCACGAGGGAGGGCCCGCAGUGGCAGCCGGCGGCCGUGGCCACGUUACCUCAGCGAGAAGGGGCGGAGCUGGGCCAGGCGGCCAAGGUGAGCAGCUCCCAGGAGUCCCUGCUGGACUCUCGGGGCCACCUGAAAGGCAGCAACCCCUACGCGAAGUCCUACACCCUGGUAUAACAGCGGCCGGACAGCGUUGUAAAUACAGUUUAAAAACCAAUCAAAGCUACCUUUUUUUUACGGAAUUCCGAUAUUUAUAAUUAAAGAAAAUUGCCAAAAUAUAUUAAAAAAAAAAAAGAAAGAUACUGAACCCACAGACACUGCAAAGACUCUCCCACUGCUUUUUUUCUGUCUGAGUGUGAGCUCCAUCUGCCUGGGCAUCUGAUUUUUUGGGAAAGAAGUCCAGUUUUAUGAUCUUCACAGGCUAUUGCAUUUUUACUGAUUUUCUACAAAGUGCAUGGGGGACUAAUUACACUUCGGACUGGACGUUCUAUCACAAGCUUCGAGAACACACACAGGAGAAAUGCCCCUCUGUGACUUUGAAGGGAUCGCUGACCUGGGGCGGGGACCCUUAGUCGUGUCUGCGCAACUCUCUUUCCCCUUAGACUCGGGGUCCUGGAUCUGACCUCCUCCCGGUAUUAAUUAGGACGAGUGCCGUCGGUGGAAGGGUGGGGGGGUCAAUCGGAUUUUCUCUUUGGUUUAUUUUUUAAUUUAAUGAGACACUCUUUGCAUUUUGUCUAAGCGAAAUAAAAAAGAAAGGUUGUCUGCCUUUAUUCCAAUGUCCACUUCGUCUCCCGCUGACCGGCCACUCCUCCCACGGA